CUUCGCUUAUGCGAUAUUGGAAAACUAUUAUUGAGUACCUAAUAAUUAUAUAAAUCAAUAUCUCUCAUUUUUCUCUUUUAUUCUGAGUACAUUAUUAAUUAUCACUGCCGGUGGGUUUGUUCAUGUAAUCAAUUUAUGCGGUUUAUCUAUUUUAUUUAUUCAAUUUUGUUUACAAUUCCUUAACUCAUGAUCAAUAGAUAUGUCUCUUAUUUAUUACUUCAUAUUUACAUUCUUUUUCUAUGCAUUUUUGGUUGGGGUUUGUAGGUCUUUAUUAUAUUAUUUCUUGAGAGGGCUGAGCGAGGUAGGGUUUUUUUUCUUUUCUUCAACGGUCGCAUUGGUCGUUGAGCCGUUAUCGGUCGGGUUUCCAAUUAUCUUUCUUAUCACCAUAAAUUCUUUCUUCGUGUUCUUCCCUAACUAGUUUAUUCUUUAAUAUAUUCUUCUAUGACAUUCAGGGACAUUCACUUGGAUGAAUAUAGACAUAUUGAAUGUAAAAGUAUUGAAGCUUUUGAGGUGAAUAACGUUUUUUCCAAUGGUGAACAUUUCCUAAAGUUCAUAUACUUGAAUAUCAGAAGCUUCAAUAAAAACUUCGAUAGCUUCAUAGCUUAUCUACAAGGAAGUAACGUAAUAUGGGAUGUGAUAAUGCUGGGAGAAACUUGGUUGGGGGAUGAUACGGCGGGUAUUCAAUUAGAGGGUUACAGGGUUUUCAAAACAAGCGGAUGGAGAAACAGAAAUGAUGGAGUGCUUGUGUAUGUGAGGGAGGGAGUGAGUGUGAAUGAAUGUAGACAGAUGGAGCUGGCCCACGUGUAUGGUUUAAGUAUAGAUAUAUCAUUCCAGGGAAAAAAUAUAAACCUUCUUUCGGUUUAUCGUACUCACGACAGUGAUCUGGAUGAAUUCACCGAAGCAUUGCAUAACUAUUAUAACUCUUUCAAUAUAAAUAGCUUCUGUAUUCUGAUGGGUGACAUUAAUGCCAAUAUACUACAAGCAGAUAAUAAAACAGAAAGAUAUCUUGAUAUGUUGUAUGAAAAUGGUUUCAUGAGCGGCAUUGAUAAAUAUACGAGGGUACAAGGAAACAGUAAGUCAUGCAUAGACCAUAUCUUUGUCAGACACGAGACCUGUGAUAGUCUAAAAACAGCGGUAGUCAUGACUGAUGUAACCGACCAUUUCAGUAUUGUAUUAGAAAUUUCAUUCCCAAGAAUCAAUUCAUCAAAAAAAGAAGAUAAAUAUAUUGACAAAAAAACUCUUCAUGAGUUAAUCAGCAAGUGUGAUUGGAGUAAUGUUACUAGUUCUCAAGACAUAAAUUCAUCAUGCAAUUUGUUUUUCUCCACACUAGAUGAAUUCAUAUGUAAAUCCUACAAAAACAGAAAAAGUAGUAACAGAAAGGUAAAAUUAAAGCCCUGGAUGACAGACGGUUUAUUACGCUCUAUUAGAGAACGGGAUAAAAUAAGUAAACAGCUCAGAAAUCAACCCUUCAAUCAACAACUCAAAAAUUACUACAUUACUUACAGAAAUCACUUGAAUUCGUUAAUAAAGAGAACUAAGAUCCAAUACUACAAAUCUAAAAUUUUUGUCUCAAAAAAUAACCCUAAACUUUUUUGGCAAACAGUAAAUGAAAUUUCAGGUAAGAGAAAAAACAAAGACCCUUUUCCACUGGACCAGUAUACAUCAGGUAAGACAUAUUUAGAAGACAAAAGAAAACAGGUUGCAGAUGAAUUCAAUAAUUAUUUUUCCAACACACCUUAUAUAUUAUAAAUUUAGUGAACAAGUUUCUUAAUUUUAGAAAUUAGAUAUAUUGGUGACAAAUUGUAGACUACUAUUAAACCGCGAUUUUUGAAGGCCACAGAUGAAAUAUGGACAUAGUCUCAAGUGCC